UGGAGUCUGAGAUAACUUCCUGAAUGUCACAAGUUUCGUUUUGUUGCUGCAAUCGCAUAAAUAACCACAGGAAAAUCAAGUGGACGGCCUGAUGGCUUCAUCAAGAAAGUGCCUCAUCAAACGGGACAUAGAAGCCGUUGAAAAGGCUUGUAAAGAGGACAAAAACUGCCCUUUUCAUGAUUUUAAGCAGGCAGACCAUGUCCUGUCAUUCACAUUCCUCAGGACAGGAAAACAACCUGUUCACUAUGUGGUGAAUAUCUGCGAUGAUUAUCCAGAUAACACAGUGAUAAGCUGUUCAGAAAAGAAAAAAGGGUGUAAGAUAGUGCAUAGAAGAGUUCCAUUGCUCUUUGAAGACCUAGCAAAAGAAUGUAACAAUAUGAUGUCAGUGCCCUUGCCUCCCCUGAAGUUACAAGUUGCCCGUACUCUCAGUGGCGAUUCCCAUAAGUUACAAGUUGACCGUACUCUCAGUGGCGAUUCCCAUAAGUUACAAGUUGACCGUACUUUCAGUGGCGAUUCCCAUUAUUCUGAUUGUGUCUCUGAUAUGGAAGAAGAGGACGACUUUGAUUAUUAUUAUGGCCAGGACACCGAAGGGACUGAUGAUGAAAUCUACCCGAUGCAUCCACUGCUGUCUCAUGAAAUUGACCAGGUGCGCAAUAUCUAUGGUGAGAGUGCCGUUGGCUAUAGGUUGUUUGGGUCCAUAGAUGAUGUGGAUGUGGAGUUCUACAUGGAUAUGACAUUCCUUGAUGAAGAGAUAGCAAGGGCGUGGAACGUACUGAGGGAUGAACCGAUUGUAAUCAGGUUACACAUCUCUGUAACGAAAUAUCUGGAUGCAACAGAACCAAAGGUCGAGGUAUUCCAGCAUUCUAAAAAGGACAAGUUUGGUCUAGGGAGUCAACUUAGGAAAAUUUUUGAAAAUUUCAUUCAGGAGCAUUGGAAGGGGUUAAGCAAUGAAUCUGUCCAAAAGCAACAUACAGUGCCUUUACCAGUUGAGAAAUCUCAUUCCCCUCUGAGGAACAAGAAGUCGAAGGAGGGUGCUAAAGUUUCAAAAGACGACACUGCUCUUGCUGACCAAGGUCUUAAAACAAUGGAAGAAAUGGGUUUCCAAACAAUGAUCGCAAAAAAUGCUUUAGUUAUGUGUAGAGGGAAUGUGGAAGAUGCUAUUAAUCUGCUGGUCACUGCAAGCCCUGAUAGUGAGGACAGACAUCUCGCCUUAGCUCAGCGUCAGCAGAGUCAUCCAGCUAAUGAACGAACAGACCGAGCGAAGGCUUACCAGAGGAUGUCCACACCAGAAAUGCAAUUGGCACCCCUGGAUGAUCUGACUCUUUUACCAACUAGUACGGAGUCGGGGAAGAGUGCAAAACGAAUUCCCGGGCUAGAGUUUGGCUUCCUUGUUCAGUUGAUGCGUUAUGCAAGACAGAGGAUCCCGACGUUGAAUGAAUACUGUGUUGUCUGUGAUAAUCCACAUGUCUUUCAGAAUGGAGCUAUGCUCAAGCCUGCAGUAUGUUCCCGGGAGCUGUGCGUCUUUGCCUUCCAAACUCUUGGAGUGAUGUCAGAUGCUGCAGAAGACAUCGCCACCGGUGCUGAAGUCGUCGAUUUAUUGGUUGCCAUGGCAAAGGCGGCUUUAAAGUCUUUGAGAAAAACGAUCAUAUUUGAACCAUUCCCAACUAUUGUGGAUCCAAGAAACCCCACAGAACUGGCCUUGGGACCAAAGAAAAAAGACUAUGCCCGUGUAGAGCGUCUCAUUGAUCAGUUUCCCAGCACACAUGACAUGACUCGACUCCUGGGACAAAAACUCAAGGUCGAGAUGGAUAAACGCGAUGUAUUAGGCUAUCCAUUGCUACAGUGGAUCAUAUCUAGCAAUAGGUCACACAUAGUCAAGCUUCCACAGGAGAAGCAAAUUAGUUUUAUGCACACGCCCCACCAGUUUCUCCUAUGGAGUAGCCCACCAGCCAAAGAAGCGAUCUUCCGAAGUGCUAGAGAGAAGUUUGGAAGUACUUUUGCAUUCCAUGGAUCACAUAUUGAUAACUGGCAUUCCAUCAUGCGAAGUGGUCUUAUCAAUGCAUCAGGCACGAAGCACCAGGUGCAUGGUGCAGCGUAUGGUAAUGGAAUAUACCUCAGCCCACAUGCAAGUGUCUCCUUCAACUAUUCUGGAAUGGGCCAUGGCAGCUACAGGCCGGCUCAUAAGAACAAACCUCCGACAAACGGGACAGUCCCAGCUGGAAGAUUCUUGAAGAGCAGAAAUCUGACUUGUAUUGCACUCUGUGAAGUGAUUAUGAACGCUGACCUCAAACAACAUGGGAAUAUAUGGGUGGCUGUGAAUCCAGACCAUGUAUGCACAAGGUUCUUCUUUGUAUAUGAAGAUGGUCAGAUUGGAGACUCGAACAUUGACACACAGCUUCAAAAGUACAAGUCGGAUAUAUCCAAGGCAGUUUCAUUCCAUAGAAUACCAUAGGCUGAAUAUUGAACUGCAGAGAGAACAAGUGCGUGGUGAUAUUUAAGAAGUACACGCCAAGGUACAUGUAGAGCACUGGAAUAGUUUAGGAGAUUAUGCCAUAAUCUUGGCAGAAAUUCGGUACUUGGAUCUGAGCACAAAAGAGGGGAAAGUGGUCAAUGGGCACCCCCACAGAAAAUUCAAUAUCUGUAAGUUGUGAUAGCAAAUCUUCAAAAUCGUAAUGUAGCCACAACUUUGGGGAUAAACAGUACAAGGCUAUUCAUAUCGCAAAAAACAAAUGAUAUUCAAAUUUUAUUUGUAGUUGUCUAUUUCUACUGACAGUGUUGACAUAAGAGACUAAGACUAUGUCUAUGUAUUAUGUAUCAUGUUCCUUUCUGACUUCAUGCAUCUCCAUUGUCCACAUACAGUAGAACCUCUCUAAUGCAGUCAACCUUAGGAUUGACAAGUGCUGUCCUUAAUAAAGAAUCCCUGUUCCGAUAGAGAGGUCAGAUUUUAUGGUGACAACCAGUUUGGGUCCAAAACAAGUGUCCUUUAAGGGACCCAUCCAUCGAUUUUGACAGGUUCUGAGGUGUCAUAUACAUGUAUGUCUUCCACAGAUUUAAUGUUUUUGGUGGUUUUUGUUGGUACAUCCAUGUAAGAAUGGCUGUUGAUAAUAUGUUUUAGUAAAGGGCAUAUCCUUCAGAUGUUGAAAUUGAAUUAGACAUUUUUACAGUUAUGUGACUAUGUAUUCAGUAUGUAUUUCAACAGUGUUGUUGUGUACACUGAUAUAAAAGCAUUAUGAUUGUUGUCAAUCAUAAUUGACAAUAUGAAUUGGCUGGAUAACUUGCACUUUCACCAGUUAAAAUACCAAUAUUCCAGAUAUUAUUCAUGUUUUCCGAAUAGUGGAGCAGUAAUUGCAAGAGUUUUAUAGCUUAUACCAGUAUAAGUGAUAUCUUAUGAUCAAUAUAGAGACUGGAUUAUGUAAGCAUUGGUCAAGCUUCAUAUCUGUUAGGCCUGAUGAUUUCGGAAGGAAAGAUGACUCAGAUCUCCUCCAGUCUCUAACAGCAGUGGUCUUGGCUAGGAAAGCUCUGGUGCCUGAAAAUCAUUACUGCAUAUACCAAAAUACUUAAGCCUUGCUUUGGCAAAUACAUGUACGUACAUCGGUCUUACUUCUGCUAAAGAAUUGACCUUGCUUCUGGUAGUGCUAUUGGCCUUGCUUUGGCAGCUUCAUUGACCUUGCUUUGGCAAAUUUUGAUAUAUUGACAAGCUUUGACAAAUACAUACAUGUACAUGUAAGCCUAGGGGGUGAAACUAAUCCUAUACAUGUAUAUUACCCAAAAUGUGCAAUAUUUUUUUGUGUCCGAGAAAACACAUUAGUCAAAGCAAUCAAGAUUAGCGCCUGUGAUUUUGGGAACUGGCAGUCGAGAUAGUUUAGAUAAAUCAGACUUGUUUCAUUGUAUGCAUGUUACACAUUUGCAUGUUAUUUGUUGAAGAAAUUUAUUUUCAAUGUGAUAAGAAAAUCUUGGUAUGUUUGCAAUAAACUAUAUAUUUUUUAGAAUUA